AGGUGGAGCACACCAUCACAUGUAAGCUACCAGCAAGUUUGUUCGCUUUACCUUCAAAAAUAUUCACUGAUGUAGAGACGACUGGGACGGACUGACCUUUCAUGUGUGUCAUAUUCUCAAAAGGGUUCUCAGAAGACUAUCAUUCUCAGUCUUCUGGGAGGGAGCGCAAAGAUGCUUAAAGAGCAUCCGGGGAUGGCGGAAGAGCCUCAGCAGCAAACGGGUGUUCCUGUGGUGAAACUGGAGAAAGAGUUGCCAUGGGGCAGGACAAGGGAAGACUCCAGUCCUGAAACUUUUCGUCUGAGGUUUCGGCAGUUCCGCUACCAGGAGGCAGCUGGACCCCAGGAAGCCCUUAGGGAGCUCCAAGAGCUCUGUCGUCGGUGGCUGAGGCCUGAGUUGCACACCAAGGAGCAGAUCCUGGAGCUGCUGGUGCUGGAGCAGUUCCUGACCAUCCUGCCCCGGGAGUUCUAUGCAUGGAUUCGGGAGCACAGCCUGGAGAGUGGCAAGGCCCUGGUGGCCAUGGUGGAGGACUUGACAGAAAGAGCGCUGGAGGCCAAGGCGGUUCCAUGCCAUGUGCAGGGAGAGCAGGAGGAGACAGCACUUUGCAGAGGUGCUUGGGAGCCAGGCAUCCACCUGGGGCCAGUAGAUGUCAAGCCCGAGUGGGGGAUACCCCAUGGGGAAGGAGUUCAAGGCCUAGACCAAGGCACUGAGGAGCGGCUCAAUCAAGGCCCUGGAGACGGGACGCAAGACUUCCAGGAGCAGGCUCUGCCUAUUCUUCAGGUGGGUCCAGGCCUCCCUCCAGUGAAUACCAGAGACCAAGAGGUGGCAGCUGGGUUUUUUACACCUGGAUCCCAGGGGUUGGGACCGUUUAAAGAUAUGGCCUUGGUCUUCCCUGAGGAGGAGUGGAGGCACGUGACCCCAGCCCAGAUAGACUGCUUUGGGGAGUAUGUGGAACCACAGAAUUGCGGGGUCUCUGCAGGCGUUGGGAGCAAGGAAAAGGAGGCCAAGCCCCAGCAGGAAGAGCUGAAAGGGGCUCUGGCUGCACUGCCGGCUGAGAGGUUUGGGGAAGCCGAUCUCCAGGGCCCUGGGCUGGGACGGGCCUGUGAACAGGAGCCGGGUGGCUCUGGGGGCGGCGUGCCCGGGCUUCCUCCUCCCCAGCAUGGCACUCUCCCCCUGCAUGAUGACCUCAAAACCCAUAGCUCCUUCUGGAAGCCUUUCCAGUGCCCUGAGUGUGGAAAAGGCUUCAGUCGGAGUUCCAAUCUGGUCAGGCACCAGCGAACCCACGAAGAGGAGAAAUCCUAUGGCUGCAUGGAGUGUGGGAAAGGCUUUACCCUGAGAGAGUACCUGAUGAAGCACCAGAGAACCCACCUAGGGAAGAGACCCUAUGUAUGCAGUGAGUGCUGGAAAACCUUCAGCCAGAGACACCACCUGGAGGUGCACCAGCGCAGCCACACCGGGGAGAAGCCCUACAAGUGUGGGGAUUGCUGGAAGAGCUUCAGCCGGAGGCAGCACCUGCAGGUGCACCGGAGGACGCACACCGGGGAGAAGCCCUACACCUGCGAGUGUGGCAAGAGUUUCAGCAGGAAUGCCAACCUGGCUGUGCACCGGCGUGCCCACACCGGGGAGAAGCCAUACCCAUAUGGGUGCCAGGUGUGUGGGAAGUGCUUCAGCAAAGGGGAGCGGCUGGUCCGACACCAGAGGAUCCACACAGGAGAGAAGCCCUACCACUGCCCUGCCUGCGGGCGAAGCUUCAACCAGAGGUCCAUCCUCAACCGGCACCAGAAGACCCAGCACCGCCAGGAGCCCCCAGUACAGUGAAGGCACCAUGUGGCAGGCAGUCUUGUUGGAGGGGUGUCAUUCAUCUUACUCACUGAAGGGCCUUGCGGGUGUGGCGUGAUGGCCUAUAGUAAGGCCCUUCGACACAUUACCCUUCCACCUGUUCUCAAACGUAGGAAAAAGACAGGCCUAGUUUACUCAGAGCUUCCAGAGAGCAUAGCUGUGUCCAUCUCUUACCCAAGUGGUGCUAACAGUUUUUCUUACCAUCUUUUAGGGAAAUGAUCUCCUGAGCUUUAGUUCAGGCUGAGGUUUCUCUCCUUCAGUGGGGUGUUCGUAUUUACCUGCCGAGCAAAGCUAGCAGUAAAGGCAAAAACUUCGUCACAUGUUGGCAGCUGGUGCCUCAUUUUUCUGUGGGUUCUUUCCUGCCUGCACAAUCAUCAGCUCAGCCUCUCCCUCUCCCCCACCCACUCUCUCUUUUCCAUUUGGCAAAUAUUUAUUGAACACCUACUAUGCUGCUGGCCCUGGGGAUACAGUGGAGUAGGGGAUGGACAACACCUCGUUCUCAACAGAGGUUGUGCUGUGAGGUGGGGACACACACCAACUGUCAAUAACCCAAAGUAUUCUCAAGUGCGCCUGUGCUAAGUGCCAAGAGAGUGUCUUGUCUGCUCAUUCUUCCCUGCCUGCUCCUGCACCGGACCUUCCCACCCCAGUUGGGAUCUUCUCUCAGGCAGCCUCGUUUAUUUUACCCUAUUCGUAGCCUCUUUUGUGUCUGGCUGUAAUGUUCUACCCGCCUCUUUAAAACUUCCCCAUUUGUUACUCCUUGCACUGUAACAACUGUCAACAUAUAAACUGUUAGGAAAUUAAUAUUUUGGUAUUGAUCAUUGA